CCGACACCUUGCAAAGCGCCCAGCAACGACUUCAGCAGGGCUGCUUGUUGCGCUACUGUUUUACGCGCUGUUAGACGGUGCUUUCACAUAUGUGUCAAGUAGCACAUACCAAACAACGCAAACAUUUUGAAAGGAUUGUCGCUCACGCGGUACAUUCUUGUUUAGCCAGCCUUCUCUUCAGUUUCAUACCGCGAGCGAAAUGCCCGUCCCUAGAGGCUGGCACCCUGGCGAGGUGGAAGCCCAGGAAGCACGGGGUUUUGCGGACGAGCUAUGGGGCACCGAUCCACCUUUCGAAGACGGCCUUCCGCCGUUCUACGCGCUUUUCUUUGCGCAGCUGCCUUUCAUCCCGCUGGCAACGCUCGACGGCAGCGGUCGACCAUGGGCUUCGCUCAUCUCGGGUCAGGAUGGCGAGGCUGGCUUCAUUCAGCCAUACACUCCGCCCGGUUCUCGCAGUGAUGAAGACCGCACACUGCGCAUGAAGGUUCCGGCCCCUGAGGGCCUUCCGCUGCGGUUCUGCUUACAGGAACACGGGAGCAUGGGCAUACAAAAGGGCAAAAUUCUUGCGGCUAGCGUUGGUGUUAUGCUUCACAACCGGCGUAGGAAUAAGCUGGAGGGUGUUGUCAAAGAUUGGAAGCUGGACGAGCAUGCAGGCAAUUUAGACCUUGAACUCGGCGUCAACAACAUCAUGGGAAAUUGCCCCAAAUAUAUCAACAGGCGCAUCCUCACAUCAACGCAGCUUAAUCCCAAGGUGCUGGCGUCCGCCUACCCCUCCGCACCGACAGGCACGCCACUCCCCGAUGUGGCGCUCGACAUUGUUGCAUCUGCCGAUCACGUCUACCUUGCUACAAGACACACAGGCAACCCCUCAGUAUAUCCACAGGACGAGAGCAGACUUGGUAUGAACCAUCGAGGGGGUCGCAAGGGAUUCUUGAGGCAUUACUUUGAUCACGAACAAGGCAAGAGCUGCCUCGUCCUGCCAGACUUUUCAGGAAAUCGCUUCAUGCAGUCGAUUGGAAACCUGGUGCAUGAUCCUGUCGCCGGAUUAGCCAUCCCACAUUUCGGCUUCCGCUCUUCUGACGGAGUUUUUGUUCGGCCUGCCCGCGUUUUGCAUGUUACGGGCAAGACGCAGGUGCUUGUCGGCGCGGAAGCGAAGAAGUUCAUGCGCGGCGUUCAAGCUUGCAUCAAAAUUUACGUAGAGGCAUACACGGUGCUCGAGGGCGCUCUUCCGCUCGCGGUAGAUGGUGCGUGGUCGAUGGGUACUGGCGCUCUUUCGAGAGUACAUGGUAAUGAGGCCGAUGAAGAAGCAGAAGGAUUGACGGAGGACGACUGCAUCGAUUGGAGUCCUUAUAAUCCUCCCCUACGCUUGCUAAACAGCGAGCAUGUCAAUCCCUCUCUAGCGAAUCUCGCCUCAGGAGAUCAAGUCAAGCUUGCCACGCUUACAGGCAUGAGUUUCUGGACUCCAACACUGGCUACUUUCCAUUGGUCAUGUCCAGUCUCCUCCGUUCAGGCGUCUGGCUCCGACACAUUGCACCACGCUGGAUGCGAAGCCUACGAAGCUGGGCAGUACGUGAUCAUGGACUGCACAGGUAUUCUCGACACACGGGUAAAGCUGUACAAGCACAUGGCCCACUUUCCCGGUGGAGAGAGGGAAGUGAAUGACGAUGGUGUGCGUUCCUGGACGGUCAGCUCGCGUCCCUCUUUCACUACAGGAAGCGAUGGAAAUACGCUGCUCCACUUUAGCAUGACCGUGCGACGCAAGCAACGCGGAGCCGUCACGCCUGGCCUGUUCCACCAGGGCUGGAGAUGGAAACAGGAGCACAAGAAAGGAUCGUCUAAUUUGAACAUCACGGUCCCGAUGCUUGGCUUCGACGGUGUCUUUACCGUUCCUAAACCAACAAGUAGUACCGAUCCGUUGAAGUUGCUCUACAUGGCGCAUGGCAUCGGGAUCACGCCGCUUCUGGCUCACCUCGAACAGCUCGCAGCACGUCAAAGCCAGAGUCAGGCUGAGGGUGCACAGCAACCAGUAGAUUCCCUGCUGAUCCUCGCCUUCCGCGCCGAUGAGAUGCCAAUCUUCGACGGCUUGCUACGACGUGCUCUUACGGCUCAAGCUGGCAAUCGCCCCGGCUUGGGGAAUGACAAUCCGGCUCAAUUUAAGGUCCGAGUGCUGUACAUCGAGAGGCCAGCGCCGGACGAAGAUCAGGUGUUCUCGUCUGUCACUCCUGAGAUGCUGAGCGCCUUACCGGCUCCAGGGUCGGAAAGCGUUAACAUUACAUUCGAGAGUCGCAAUAUCCCUGGAGGCCGCAUCAACAAGCACUUCUUCUUGCAAGAUGAGCAUCGCUUGGGCCUUGCCUUCGAGGACAUCGCCAAAUACAGGGCAUACAUCUGCGGAACGCCUGCCUUCGAUAAAGAGUGCCGAAAGGCGCUUAAGCUCGUUGCGGCACAGGCGCACACAACUGAAGAACAGACUGUGAUCUCCGAAAGUUUUACAUUCUGAGCAAUAGCGAAUCGCUUUCUUCAAUUUCUGUACAAGUAGCCUUCUAAUUCUCUGUGCAUUUGCUACCUUUCCCACGGUUCCUAAAUUGUACUCCUCGUUGUUGCUGCAAUAUUAUUCUACAGUAUC